AUGUCAAACUCUGUCGACGAUGAGUUCGACUCUCUCUUCGACGACCAAAACUUCCUCGAUCCGGAGCUCGAAGAGAGCCUCGCACAAGCGGAAGCAACUUACACCGCCUCCCAGGCAGUCCAACAACAUGCUCAGUCCUCGUCGAUGCAGACGGCGCCACCGACCACCUCAGUCUCGUAUUUCCGCAACCAGCCCGAGACAUCGCGGUCCGCAAGACGCAUCGGCACCUUCGUCCAGCCUCCUGCCAAGAAGCAACGCCUUGAUCCGGGGCCUUCCAAUCUCGGCCGCGCAGCUGCCCGAUUUCCCGAACCGGAGCCGGACGAGGUCAUCGUGCGCGACCUUCGCGAAGAAGAGUUCGGUGACAACGAUGACGAGCAUUGGUGGGCCGGCAACAAUGCCCUCGAUCAGGUCGAAGAGGAGGCUAUCCGCAUGUCGCAGCAGAUGCCAACAUCUCAGCCGCAUGCUUCCCAUUCUAGGCCUAAUCGACCCCCGCCACGCGUAGCGCCAGAGAAAAGCCGACCCUCGAAUGUAUCCCACAAACCACCAGAGUCUACUCCGACCAGCAAAGACCUCGCAACGAGCCGAAAACAAGCCGACAAUGAGGAAUUGGAGAGGCUCAGAGCCGAAGUGGAGCAACUGCGCGCCGCACAGAAAGCGCAGGACGAGACGGUAGAUCGACUCAAGCAGGAGGCGUAUCGCAAAUCGGGCGAAGUCGCUGUCGUCCGCCAGAACUUGACCAAGCUCAAUGUGGAGAACUCCAAGCUUCGAGAGCGCGAGGUCGUGCGCGAGCAAGAGCACCGUGCAGCACUCGAGCGUCUUCAAAAGGACCAGGAGCGCCGACUUCAACGACUCGAAACAGAGACCGCCUUUCGCAGAGUCGAGCAGGACACGAGCCGCCGGAUAUGGCCCUCGAGCGUAGCACGCCUUCCAGCUUCUGGGCUUCGUGAUGUCGUCGACCGAAGGCAAGAAAACCAAGUCCGAGCUGGCCUGACCACCCCGACCAAAGCAAACAGAUACGGUGUCCGCGGUAGCAGUGGCAGCUCUGGUACCCGUCAGAGGUACGCUGAUGCCGCAAACGAUCGCGAAGAGCCCGGUACACCAACAAGAUCCGCCAUCAAGCCUGCUCCGCAUUUCCCACGGCCUCCCACCGCCGCCGCAUCGGCUUCCAAAAAGCAGGCAUUCCGCGGUCUGCAGAACUCCUUCGCUGACUUUGGUCCGGUGAAAGAGAAAAUCCGGCAGCAAAAACAGUCGCCAGCCAAGACUAGCAAGGCGGGCGCCCUGCCGCCCGCUGAUUGGGACAUGGACCAAUCGAGAGCGAUGGAAGCUUCAGAGGCAGGACACGAUAACGCCUUAAUGGACCUUGAUGACGGCCCUCCGCCAGGUCCUUCCCGGAAGAUUCUCGCUCGGCGCGAGGCCGGCUCCGGUCACCCGGAUCAAAGGAGGGAGCACAUGUAUCUUGCGGCGGUGUCCGAGAUCCUCUCUCGUCGCAACAUGAUCGUCUCGAUCCUACUCGGUCACUCUUCCGUCCAGGCUGCCAUACCAAGUUUUUUCCCGUCAAAUCGUUUCAACCCUUCCGCCUCGCGACCGUCCGACGCAUUGUCUCGACCGUCAGAUGACAGGGUCUUCAGCACCAGCACACUCAGACGUCUCAUCUCGGCCAACCUUGUCCCAGACUGCCCGGAUCUCUUGCUGUUUCGCUACAGAAAGGCUAUCGAAUCGCUUCUGACCAGCCUCAGUCGAGCCAAAGUGUUGGAGCCUGAAGAACGCGAGGAUGCCUCCCGCCUCUUGUCUGCUGACAGCAACGAUCACGGCAUUGAGGAACUCGACUUUUCCUCGGCCACCAUGCACUUGUCCCAUGCCAUCGCCUCUUCUUUGAUGAUCAUGGCCGGCGUGUUGCUGCGUCUCUGCCAGACGGAUCUUUUGACCGAUGUCUUGCGCUUGGUCUCGUGCCUGGUUUCCACAUUGCCCAGAUUCUACUUGGAUCUCGAAUGCCUGCAAGCGGACCACGGAGCCGAGAUCGAUGAGAUCGCGUUCCUCGGCGGCGACGACUCUGCCUCUAAGGUGGAGUGGUCAAAGUACGCAACGCCGAUCCAUGUGCGGGACAUCCUGGCCCAGUGCAUCGACGAGUGCCGACACCCCAGCACACGCAAGUCGAAGGCGAAUAACAACGGUGCAGAUGUCGAGCAUGACGGCGGCGUGCAAGAUCCUGUUGAUGCGCAAGAGUUGGACGAUGAUCUGGGUCUGGGAAACUGGAUUUUGUCGUCAGAGGCACGAGAGGACCUCUUCCAGGCAGCGGUCCAAGUCCUUGAGGUCAUGUCGCAAUGUCCUGAUGCGAGCCUGUCAUCUGGUCAUCAUCCCCUCCGGCUUCUAUCUCGGCCCGGAGUGCUUCACAAACUCUUGCAUCCGGAUCGAUCCAGCUUCAUCAUCUCAAGCGUCGUCCGCAUGCUCAGCUUGGCGGUCUCGAACGCACCCUUGGUCCACGAAUGUCUUGCAUCGAAGGCUGAUGGCCAAGUAGCUGGUCGAGGCAGCGGACACUCUAUGGCACCUCGCGCCAAUGCCCGCUUUCCCGUCCUGGAGCUGAUUGUCAAGCAUCUGGUCGACCGACGCUUUGACAUGGCGGAGAGCGAAUGGCACGCUCUGCAUCGGGUCAUCUUGACUUUUUUGUCGCAAGCUGCACUUCGUUCGGCAGACACACUCAUCGUCCUCGCCGACAGUGCGGCGUUGCUUGCAGCACUCAUCCGGUGUCUCUCGCUCGAUUCGGAUUUUGUAUGGCUGGAGAGUCGUCCCGCAUUCAUGUUGCCGCCACGGAUGCCGACGUAUCGAAAGACUCUCUCCAAGGCAACCAGUUCUGCGACUGGUCACACCCAGACGGUCCCCGAUGCUUCAGGAGGUAAUCUUGUGCAGGCGGUAGAACGGAUUGUCAUGGACACACGACUUUUGAACCUGCUCUACAAUUACCCGCUUCCAAACUCUGCACACCACGCCGUCCAUCGAUUCGAGCCCUCGAGUCAAGGGGGGCAGGAGCGUAUGGGCUCCAUCUCGCUCGCAACCAAAUUGGACCAGCCCGAGACGUACAGCAUGCUCAACGGUAUUCGACAGAGCUUCAUUGUGGCGCUUUCUCGGAUUGCCUUUUGCUCCGAGCCGGACUGGAUCGCUUCGGAGCGCAAGCUUCUUGCUUCAAUCUUACCCGACCUGCGCAAACGCGCGGAGCAAGCUCGGGAGGCUACCAGUGCCGAAAAUGGCGAGACAGGGGCACAAAACUUUGCCUUAACGGACGAGGAGCUUGUGGUCGAGCAGGUCGAAGAAAGCAUUAAAGGGCUGGACAGGGUAUCGAUGCUGUUGGAGGCGAUUGCGGAUGUAGCUGGUGAUCUGACAGAUAUCGUGCUGAGUCCGGAGGAGAUCGAUAGCGUGUACGAGUUGUUGGUCUCGGGAGAAGAAGAGGAGGAUGAGGAUGCGAUGGAUAUCGACUCGGUGGAACUUGACAGGCAAACAAAGGAUGCCAAUGCGACGCCGUUGCCUGGCAACCAAGCAGCCGAGGAGGAAGCGGGGAGCGAGACGGAGUCAGAGCCUGAGCUGGACAUGGAAAAGGCGAGACUGGAUUCGAGGAAAGCCAUGUCGAGGACAACUUCGAGAGCCAGCAAAUCGGUCUCGCCGACGAAGCGUGAUGCACGGAACGGAAAGGCUCUUGAAGAGGCGAUGGAUGUCAUCGAGAUUGACGAUUCGGAUUGA